UCCACUACCACCUCCUGGACGCAGCCUGCUUUCGAUCCUUGCUGCGAGUUCUUCCUCCCUCUGGGCAUUCUCCUCCUCCUCCGCUCCUCCCGAUCCCUCCUCCUCUGCCUGGUCCCUCCUCCUCUCGCCCAGCCUCCCCACACCCCGGCCCGCGCAAGCUAGACGUCUGGGCAGCUCCCAGCGCAGCGCUGCAGCCUCCGCCUCCUGCACGGUGUGCGCGCCCGCGGCCAGGGCGGCCUGAACAAGUCUUGGCGGCUGCCGCCGCCCAGACCGGACGACAAGCCACCUAGGCGUCUGCCGGAGUCUCUGCCUCAUCGCCGCCACCGCCGCGCACGGCCGUCUGACUCAGUCCGGGAAUAAUUGCGGAGAGCCGGAGCCAGCUCCUGGGGGCAGCAAUGCGACCCUCCAGGACCGCCGGAGCCGCGCUGCUGGUGCUGCUAGCUGCGCUGGUAUGGGCGAGUUGUGCGUUGGAGGAAAAGAAAGUUUGCCAAGGCACAAGUAACAAGCUCACCCAGUUGGGCACUUGUGAAGAUCACUUUCUGAGCCUCCAGAGGAUGUUCAAUAACUGUGAAGUGGUCCUGGGGAACUUGGAAAUUACCUACGUGCAAAAGAAUUAUGACCUUUCCUUCUUAAAGACCAUCCAGGAAGUUGCUGGUUAUGUACUCAUUGCCCUCAACACAGUGGAGAGGAUUCCUUUGGAAAACCUGCAGAUCAUCAGAGGAAAUGUGCUCUAUGAAAAUACUUAUGCCUUAGCAGUCCUGUCUAACUAUGGUGAAAAUAGAACUGGACUAAGGGAGCUGCCCAUGAGAAACUUACAGGAAAUCCUGCAUGGUGCUGUGCGGUUCAGCAAUAACCCUGUCCUCUGCAACAUGGAAAGCAUCCAGUGGCAGGAUAUCGUCGACAAUGACUUUAUGAGCAAUAUGUCAAUGGACUUGCAGAACCGCCUGGGCAGCUGCCAAAAGUGUGAUCCAAGCUGUCCCAAUGGAAGCUGCUGGGGGGCAGGAGAGGAAAACUGCCAGAAAUUGACCAAGAUCAUCUGUGCCCAGCAGUGCUCAGGGCGCUGCCGUGGCAAGUCCCCCAGUGACUGCUGUCAUAACCAGUGUGCAGCUGGCUGCACGGGGCCCCGGGAGAGCGACUGCCUGGUCUGCCGCAAGUUCCGAGAUGAAGCAACAUGCAAGGACACCUGUCCACCACUCAUGCUGUACAACCCCACCACAUACCAGAUGGAUGUCAACCCCGAGGGGAAGUAUAGCUUCGGUGCCACCUGUGUGAAGAAGUGUCCCCGGAACUAUGUGGUGACAGACCAUGGCUCCUGUGUCCGCGCCUGUGGUCCUGAUAGCUAUGAGAUGGAGGAGGAUGGUGUUCGCAAGUGUAAGAAGUGUGAAGGGCCGUGUCGCAAAGUUUGUAACGGAAUAGGAAUUGGUGAAUUUAAAGACACACUUUCCAUAAAUGCUACAAACAUAAAGCACUUCAAAAACUGUACUUCUAUCAGUGGAGAUCUUCAUAUCCUGCCAGUAGCAUUUAAGGGGGACUCCUACACACGUACUCCUCCUCUAGAUCCAAAGGAACUGGAUAUUCUAAAAACCGUAAAGGAAAUAACAGAAUUAAGAGAAGCCACGUCUCCAAAAGCCAACAAGGAAAUUCUUGACGAAGCCUAUGUGAUGGCCAGUGUGGACAAUCCUCAUGUGUGCCGCCUCCUGGGUAUCUGUCUGACCUCCACCGUCCAGCUUAUCACUCAGCUCAUGCCCUUUGGUUGCCUCCUGGACUAUGUCCGAGAACACAAGGACAACAUCGGUUCCCAGUACCUACUCAACUGGUGUGUGCAGAUUGCAAAGGGCAUGAACUACCUGGAAGACCGGCGCUUGGUGCAUCGUGACCUGGCAGCCAGGAAUGUCCUAGUGAAGACACCACAGCAUGUCAAGAUCACAGAUUUUGGACUGGCCAAACUGCUUGGGGCUGAGGAGAAAGAAUACCAUGCAGAGGGAGGAAAGGUGCCUAUCAAGUGGAUGGCUUUGGAAUCAAUUUUACACCGAAUUUAUACCCACCAAAGUGAUGUCUGGAGCUAUGGAGUCACUGUUUGGGAGUUGAUGACUUUUGGGUCCAAGCCUUAUGAUGGAAUCCCUGCAAGUGAGAUCUCAUCCAUCCUAGAAAAAGGAGAGCGCCUUCCACAGCCUCCCAUCUGCACCAUUGAUGUCUACAUGAUCAUGGUCAAGUGCUGGAUGAUAGAUGCAGACAGUCGCCCAAAGUUCCGGGAGUUGAUCGUGGAAUUCUCCAAAAUGGCUCGAGAUCCCCAGCGCUAUCUUGUCAUACAGGGGGAUGAAAGAAUGCAUUUGCCAAGCCCUACAGACUCCAAUUUUUAUCGUGCCCUGAUGGAUGAAGAUGACAUGGAAGAUGUGGUGGAUGCUGAUGAGUACCUCAUUCCACAACAGGGCUUCUUCAACAGCCCAUCUACAUCUCGGACUCCCCUCUUAAGUUCUCUGAGUGCAACCAGCAACAAUUCCACUGUGGCUUGCAUUAACAGAAAUGGGCAGAGUUGUCCCACAAAGGAGGACAGCUUCUUGCAGCGGUACAGCUCAGACCCAACUGGUGCCUUGACAGAGGACAGCAUAGAUGAUACAUUCCUCCCAGCACCUGAAUAUAUAAACCAGUCUAUUCCUAAGAGGCCUGCAGGAUCUGUGCAGAACCCUGUCUAUCACAAUCAACCCUUGCAUCCAGCAGCUGGCAGAGACCCACACUACCAAAAUCCCCACAGUAACGCCGUGGGCAACCCUGAAUAUCUCAACACCACCCAGCCUAUUUGUGUCAACAGUGCAUUUGACAGCUCUGCCCACUGGGCCCAGAAAGGCAACCACCAAAUUAGCCUGGACAACCCUGACUACCAACAGGACUUCUUGCCCAAGGAAUCCAAGCCAAAUGGCAUCUUUAAGGGUCCCACAGCUGAAAAUGCAGAAUACCUACGAGUAGCACCACCAAGCAGUGAAUUUAUUGGAGCAUGACCAUGGAAGGUAGCAUCAGCCAUAAAGAUUCUAGACUCUUCAGAAACCCAGGACCAAGCCACGGCAGCUACUUCACUCCUGAUAGCCAUGCCUUUGUUAACUCUCAGACUCGUUUUACCACUGAGCUCUGAUCAGCUCCUUUCAACCAGGAAGUGCCCCAUCCUUGGAUGCACUUUAGAAAGUUGUAGGCUCAUUCCUUGAUAAUCAAACUGUGAAGCUUCCACAAAAAGGCAUCCAGGAAGAAAGCUGUCCAUUUGUGCUGAAGUUUAACUUUCAGUGAGGUAUAUUAGAAAUAUAAAUUUAAAAAUAUAUAAGGACUUUUACUGCUUGGGGGUCUUUGGGAUUUUUAAUUUUCACUAUAAUUAUGAUUUAAUGGGCUCUUCCAAGGACAAAGAAACUUGCUUGUAGCUCUUGCUACACUGAGUUGAUCCAGGCCCAACUGUGACCAAGAAGCAUGGGCUACAAGUCUUCCAACUAGCACUUGAUUCCACUGGCUCUACUUCAAGACUCUUCCAUUGCAAGACAACUAAAUAUACAAGAAAUCCUGCAUGUCCUAAGCAGGCCAGAUUGAUUACUGAAUCAAAUCAAAGCAGGUACAAUAGGAUAAGCCACUUUGUUCUUUCCUGGGUGAAGAAGAAUUGAAGGGGUUGAAUUCUCCUUCAGGCUUACUUUUGUAUAAAUGUUUCCAUGGUACUACUCCCCAUUAGGUUACAGUAUUUUCUAAUUAUGAGUAUUAGACUUGUUUAUUUUCCAUUCAAUUGUUUUGAAACUUAAUAUGCUUUCCCUGUCUUGAUGUCGUGACAUCAGCAAAAGAAGAUGGUACGUCAAA